UUCCUGUUAUCUGUCAAAUUUGCGGUCUUCAUGUCAGCAGACGGGACAGAGUUGGACCAAAUACCAACCGACGAGGGAGUUAACAAAUUCGGGAGACCAAGGUAAUCGAGAGAAAUGUCUUUUAUAUUUGAUUGGAUCUACAGGAGCUUCAGCAGCGUCCUGCAGCUAUUAGGGUUGUACAAGAAGACCGGCAAGCUGGUUUUCCUCGGACUAGACAAUGCUGGAAAAACAACACUCCUGCAGAUGCUGAGAGAUGACAGGCUAGGACAGCACAUGCCAACGCUAUAUCCAACAUCUGAGGAGCUGACCAUAGCUGGAAUGACCUUCACAACUUUUGACCUGGGAGGUCACACACAAGCGCGAAGGAUUUGGAAGAACUAUUUCCCAGCCAUAAACGGUAUAGUCUACAUGGUGGAUUGUGCUGAUCAUGAGCGACUAGGAGAGGCUAAAGUUGAACUGGACGCCCUGUUAACAGAUGAAACCAUCUCAAACAUCCCGGUUCUCAUCCUCGGGAAUAAGAUAGAUCGUCCAGAGGCUAUCAGUGAGGAUGCGCUCAGAGGAAUAUUUGGUCUUCAUGGACAUACAACCGGAAAGGGUACAGUAUCACUGAAGGAGCUGAAUUUGAGACCAAUGGAGGUUUUCAUGUGCAGCGUGUUGAAGAGACAGGGAUAUGGGGAAGGUUUCCGCUGGCUCUCCCAGUAUAUUGAAUGAUUCAUGAUCUUUCAAUGGCCAUUAUCCAGAUUUACAAUGCUGUCUGUGCACAGACAUGUCCCACACAAAACUACCUGCAUAGAAAGAUAUUUCUAUUAAAUAUGUUACAUGUAAGACUUGGACUGCCAGUAAAAAAUAUGUUUUAAAUAAUAUUUUGUUAUAAUUUACUCUAUUUAUGGAAAUGUACAGUAUUAUGCACAGUAAUACCACAGCAAGUCAAAGGUAAAUUUGCCCAUGAUCCUGUUCAGAUUAUUAAAAUUGAGUGUAGAGAAUAAUCUCUAUGCUGUGGUGUACUUAAAGCUUGUAGAGAAUUCUAUCUGGGACAUAUAGAGCAUGUCGCCGCUGUGAACCAGCUUCUGACCCAGGUUUAUUUUUGGCUGCGGGUGUUGACUUACCAUGAAGGUCAAUUUUUAGUUUUUUUUUUGUGGGCUUGGAGUUACUUUCCCUUGAUUGGCAAUGAAUCAUUUUUGUUGGCACAGAUACAAACCAUAUCUUUCAUUAUUCAAUUAAUUUAUGUUUUGAAACUAAUGGGGGAUCUCUGUCUGGAAGAUUGCUACAGACAUUUGGUGGUAUGUUUGUUCAUGUUGAGACAGUAGCCUGCUACCUCCAAGGACACUGACAGUUCUCCUGAAUGCAUAUUUUUUCCUUUUAAAUCCAUGAAAGGUUUACAACUACUGCCGAUAAUAUGAUUGUGACCAUAAGUGCAUUACUGACUUUUUUACCAUGAGAAGCUUUAUUUAAUACCACACAGUGUUAAAUUAUUUCAGUACAUGAUAACUGAAAAGGCACAGCCAGGUGAUUUAACUAACUCCUACUGCAGAGAGGAUGCCACACUACUUGAUAGGUCAUCGAUGUAAGAAGAACUAAGUACUUUGUGAGUAGUUGCUGCAGCAAUGUGCAGCGAUAAUAUGAGAGUACUUUGGUGGUGUUUAAAAAUAACCUGUGCAUACAGUAUAAUGCAUGAGAAUAUCUUUCAUUGUUAAAAAAAUAUUUUGUGUGUAAGUUAUUAUUUAUAUUUUGGAAUAAAACUGGCUUAUGUUACCUCGAUCACUGAGAUACUGUAUGAAGUAAUGCUCCAAAAAGUAGGUCAUAUUCUUUUUGGAUGCAGUGUGUGAAGUUUAGUAAAAUAAAUAUUUUUGACAAUCCUUUAAA